UCACUGGAAGAUGUGUGUCUAUUUUAUACUCGGGGUAUUGCCGGCCCUCUUAACGCCAAUUGCUGGACUUAAUUGCGGAAAUCUGCGGGAAAACCAAUUGUACAGCGGGAAUGAGAUCACCGCUCCGGAUGAGUAUCCCUGGAUUGGACGGAUUGGCUAUGUGCACGAAAAUGGAACCACGUUCACUUGCUUUGCGGUCCUGAUUCACCAACGAUAUGCGAUCGCCACCGCCUUCUGUGCACUAUCCAAUGCCGAUUUCGAUACCUUGUUCAUUUUGUUCGGGGACUGGCGCGAAAAUGAGAACUUUAAAGUGCGCGACUGUCGGCGGGAGGGAAACAUCUUCCAGUGCUCCCCGCCGCCGCAAAAGGUGGAGAUCGAUGAGCUGGUGGUGCAUCCCGAGUACAAAAACGACAUACACAACAACAUAGCACUGGCCAAACUGGUGCGGGAUGUGGAGUUCACGGACUAUGUGCAGCCCAUCUGUUUGCCACCCGUGAAAGAGGCCGAUGGCAACCAGAUCGCCCAGAGGUUGGAGAUAGCCGGAUUCAGGAGACCCUUGUGGAAGGGUCAGGAGGCCGACGAGGAGGGCGAGUGGCGGAGGAAGGUGCAAGUGUUCACGGCCAGUAGGGACUUCUGCGAGUCGGUGGCCUACCCGGAUUGGCAAAAUAUGACGACGAACCAUCUGUGUGCCCUGGGAGACGAGGAAAAAACCCUUUAUUUUGGAUCACCACUAAUGGGAAUCAAAAUCGUGGAUGAGAAGCCGAAGAACUUCUACUUGGUCGCCCUACCAAUCUCAUACAUGCUACUUUAUUCACCGAAAAAUCUAACUUUACAAGUGUUCGUCCGCAUUGCUCCAUACAGGGACUGGAUUUUGAAAAAUACUGCUUUGGUCUGACGUCAUUUAAUAUUUCUGAGCGAUGUGAUAUUUUUGUUUAAUUAGAUCUUUUAUUGAAUCGAAAAAAUCCACCUAGCUAUAAUUACUUUUAAAACUCCUAAAACGUAAGCAUGAUAUGUAUUAGUUUACAAAUCGUUAUAAACUUUUGUUUAGUUUAUAGAGUUUAUUUGGUGAUGGCUAAACUACAGAUUUUGUAAUAUUUUUAGUCUAGUUACAGAAAGCAUUUUGUUAU